AUGGACGACCGGGUGACGGCACAACCAGCGAUCAUCAAAAACGAUCUCGAGAAUUUGGAAUCAAAAUACGGCUACGCGUUGCUCGGUUUAGAUGGAACGAUUCACUCGGAAACCCAAGAAACGAUUAAUGUCGAAGGAUCGGUCAUCGAAUCGCUCACUGGUGAGCUCAAGGAAAAAACCCGCGCGCACAGGGUGACCUCGAUUGGUGCGACGCCGAUGGCCGAAGCGGGACGCCACAAUUCACAGGGCAACCGCAGCCGGGAGCGCUCGGAGACGAAUGCCGAAGACACGGGGAUUUAUUAUCCGGAGAGGUGGGUGCAAAUUGUU